AUGUCGACUUCAUUAUCACCUUCAUCUCAAAAACAAUCACGUGAUAGAAUUCUGAAUACUUUUCAUGAAAUAACAGGAUUUAAUAUUGAAGAUUGUAUUCAUUUUCUUCAUCAAUAUAAUUGGAAACUUCAGGAUGUUGUAGAUGCUUAUUAUAAUAACAAAGAAUUUAAAGGAAAAUUUACUCAAAAUUCAACUGCAAAAAGUGCCAAUAAUGGACAUCAUCAUCAAGCAUCUGUCACUAAUCCAAAUUUGGGUAAUGCCUAUGCGAAAAAUAAUAAAAAAAUACAACAGAAUGAAGAUGACGAUUAUUAUUAUGCUGUAAUUUUACAGCAAUACGGUGAUGCAGAUGAAUCAGCAAGAACACAUUUGAAAACAGGAUCUCAUCAUCAACAACGAAACAAUUCACAACAAAAACUAAAACAAAAUGAUAAAAAUUUUAUCUAUCAUGAAAAACAAGAAUUUCUUCGAUGUGGUAUUCAUUCAUUAAAUAAUCUAUUUCAAAUUCCACAUUUAUUUACUCAUAAACAUCUUGAUAGUAUUGUUCAAGAAUUUGAUAAAAAACGUGUAAAUAAUGAUUAUGGAACAUUAUGGAUAGGUGAUUAUGAUCUACGUGUAUUAAUUGAAGCUAUUAAUCGAUGUGGAUAUCAAGUUCAACAAAUAAAUUUUUAUAAUGGUGAAUCACUUUCUAAUCGUCCAUGGGAUUCAUAUUUUGGUUUAUUAAUUAAUAUAAAUGGUGCACAUUGGUUAACAAUCAAAAAUGUUAAUGGAAUUUAUUAUAAUCUUGAUUCAACAUUUUCAAAACCAAAACAAAUUGGUCAAAAAAAAGAUUUAGUUGACUAUUUAAUUCGUUUUAUUCAGAAAUUUCAAAAUGUAUAUAUUUUUACUGUAUUAAAAUAA